AUGUUACCUCUAUCAAAUUGUUUCUUUCAUCACAUUUUCUUUAUUAUGUUACUCCAAGGUUGGACUUCAAUUUAUUUUAAAUUUAAAUUGUCGAUUUAUUUUAAAGUUUCUCUUGGGUGGCAAAACUUUGAGGAUUAUCCCGAAAAUCAUUAUCGACACAUUAAUAACAAAGAUUAUCCCUCAGAAGAAGAUUUAAAAGAUUAUUCGAAUGAUAAAAGUAUUAGUGAUGAACCUACCCCCAAAAAUAUACAGAAAACACUUGAACAUCUUGCCAGAUCGGGUAAUAUGCGAAAUAGUGCUGAUUGGCUAAGAAAACCGGAAAACAGACAAUUUCCGGAAAAGACAAAGAGAAAAGAGAUUAACAACAAUAUAUUUCCGGAAAAUGAAUUGGAGGAAGAAGAAAAUAUAAAAGAUUAUGGUAAAAAUAGUGAAAAUGUUGAAGAUGAAGAUAAUGGAAAAGAUGAAAAAGAAGAUAAUAAUUGGACAAACAAAAAAGAAGAAGGGAAAGAAGAGGAAUAUGAUGAUAAUAAUGAGGAAGAAGGAAUAGGUUUGUUCGUGCCCGCUCAAAACAUCAAACACUUAAAAUAUCUAGACGGGUAA